CUCUGACUUCUACGCCAUAACCACCGCUGAGUCCAGCUGGUCCACCCCCACCUCUGGCUCCAGCCUUUUCAUCCCCACUUCUGGCUCCAGUCCAUCCAUCCCUACCUCUGGCUCCGACUGGUCCAGCUCCAGCUCCCAGUCCCAGUCCUUUUCUAAUUUCACCGGCUCCACGGAUGAGCGCGGGAUCUGCCAGUGCUCCGUCGUCCUGCCAGACACCACCUUUCCCGUGGAGAGAGUGGAACGCUUGGAGGUCACAGCUCAAGCUAUCUCCAAGAAGUUCAACAAAGAGCUUUCUAAAGUGAAGGAAUAUGUCCAGUUAAUCAGCGUGUAUGAGAAGAAACUCUUCAACCUAACUGUCCGAAUAGAGAUUAUGGAAAAAAAUUCCAUUUCUUACACGGAACUGGACUUUGAACUGAUCAAGAUAGAAGUGAGGGAGAUGGAGAAACUGAUUAAACGGCUGAAGGUCGGUUUUGUUGGAAGCACAGUGAUUGUUGACCAGCUGGAAAUAGAGAUAAGGAAUAUGACUCUCCUGGUAGAGAAACUCGAGACGCUAGACAAAAACAAUGUUCUUGCCAUUCGCCGAGAAAUCCUGGCUCUGAAGAACCGGCUCAAGGAAUGUGAGGCCUCUAAAGAGGAAAUUGGCCCCACUCCUCCGGCUCCAGGGAGCUGUGCUCACGGUGGUGUGGUGAACAUCAGCAGACCAGAUAUAGUUAAGCUCAACUGGAGAGGGUUUUCCUAUAAGUAUGGUGCCUGGGGGAGGGAUUACUUGCCCCAGCAUCCAGGCAAAGGGCUGUACUGGGUGGCACCUUUGGAUACAGAUGGGAGAAUUUUGCAAUAUUACAGACUUUACAAUACAAUGGAUGAUUUGCUAUUGUACACAAAUGCCCAGCAGAAUCGGAUUACCUAUGGCCAAGGCAGUGGUAUAGCAGUUUACAAGAACAGCAUGUAUGUGAACUGGUACAACACGGGGAACAUUGCCAGAGUUAACCUGACCACCAACAAGGUUGCUCGGACUCAAACUCUCCCGAAUGCUGCCUACAAUAACCGCUUUUCGUAUGCUAAUGUUGGUUGGCAAGAUAUUGACUUGGCUGCGGAUGAGAAUGGAUUGUGGGUGAUUUACGCCACUGAAGCCAGCACUGGUAACAUGGUGAUUAGUAAACUCAACGACACCACACUUGAGGUGCUAAACACUUGGCAGACCAGGCAGUAUAAACCAUCUGUGACUAAUGCGUUCAUGGUGUGUGGGGUUCUGUAUGCCACCCGUACUCUGAACACCAGAACAGAAGAGAUUUUCUACUACUAUGACACAAACACAGGGAAAGAGGGCAGACUAAGCAUUGUCAUGCAGAAGAUGAUGGAAAACUUGCAGAGUAUUAACUAUCACCCUUUCGAGCAGAAACUUUUUGUCUAUAACGAUGGUUAUCUUCUGACUUACGAUCUUGUCUUCCAGCAAAAACCCCAGUAAACUUUUAUGUGUUCAGGUGAGAGAGAGAAAAAUUU